CGACAAGUCCACGGUCACACUGAAGACCAACGCUAGAAACAACAUAAAACAUAAAAAAUUAAUACAUAUUUUGCCGUGACUGGUGCUUUCGUUCGCUUUAUUGUGUCGCGUUGUGCGUUGUGGCUCGCGAUGGCUGUUGAUAAUGCUCUACCUCUUGCGCGCGCUUAGGCGAUGCAAUGAAAAUUAAACCCUGUGACCGGGAAAAGUAAAUAAAGGAACGGCAUCCAUCCACGAAUCGAACCUAAUUUUGUUUUUAAUUUGUUGCUUGUGCUGUUUUGCUUUCGGUUUUCCGGUUUUUCUUUAUUGUCGUAACUGCAGGUUCAAGCUAAAGUUAAAGUUAGUUCUGUUGACCCGAUUCUAUUUUGGGGCUCCGCGCGUAUACCAACUGCUGACGCUGCGCGUAAAGGCGGGCAACAGCGACCGGCCACGGUUCCCAUUUUGGAUGCAGAAUAGUGCACAGUGUUCCACCGACGAGGACGAGGACCAGGACCAAAGUAGGGGACGCGAAGACAGCUGCUGCCAUGGAUGACAGCAGCAGUGGGCGUACGUCGCUGGGGGACAGCGCCAGUCUGACGACCACCUCCCUCCACAGCGGCACCUCCAGCCAGAGCAUCCACCAGGAUGAUGGCCUUAUUCACGUGUACAACUACAAGAGCAAAGAGUUUGAACGCUUCCCGCCGGACAUGCUCUGCGAGGAUAUCUGCACAUUCAUGUGCCGCGAACUGAAAGUCCUGCCCACGGCCCAGCUGCUCUUCGGCAUACGCGAGCACCUCGGUACCCGUCGCUCGUCGCGUGCCCAGCUCCUUAGCUACGGCCACACUUGGGUCCUGCCGGGCGAGAAGCUGAGCUGCCAAGUCCGCUACUGCUUUCGCAUGCGUUUCCGCGUGCCAGAGCUGGACAGCCAGCUGGACAGGAUCGAUGUGCAUAGCCAUGAGUACCUCUACUGGCAGAUGCGCUUCGAUAAUCUGCACGAGCACAUCGCAGAGAUCCGCUACCCAGAGCACAAGGAAAAGGUGACGGGGCUGGCCGUGAUGGACAUGCUGAUCGACCUGAAGGAGAAGGAGUUGCCGGCCCGCUCUAUCGAGAGCUCGUGCCGCCAGUACCUGCCCAAGAGUGUGUGGAACGCGCACUUCUUUUUCGUGGGUCCCAAGAUCUGCGAGUAUUUCCGCAAACUCAGCGAAAACUCCAACAACACGGCGGCCCAACUGAAGUGGCACUACAUCCAUCAGAUCUGCCACCUGGCCCCCACCUACAUGACCGAGCAGUUCACGGCCGUGGUCGAUCAUUUGCCCAACGAGGAUCCACCCAGCGAGCCAGGGGGCGUCAGCAUGUCCGGCGUCGGCAGCCAUAGUGGGUCCAGCAUGGCCAGCUCUACCUGCACAUCCACCACCACGCUGACCACGGGAUCUAGCUCCAGCACCAACACGCUGUCCACAUUGACCGCCAACAACAACAGUCAAACGGCCAGGAGCAAUGGGAAGCGCAGUAAAUCGCGUGGAGGAGCCCAAAGCUCUGGCAUCGAUGUCUACGUGAGACUGUGGCCACACGAUUCUCCCGAGCCGGGACUGAAGGUGGCGCGUGUUACAUCAGAGGCCACGCUCAAGUGGAUUCUGGUGGGCGGCGUUGAGGGGAUAUUUAUGAUCUCGAAAAUCAAUGAUACCGAUGUACGUCUGGAAAUUGUGGGCCUGCCCAAGGGCUAUGUGAUGCACUUUCAUACCGAAAAGGAAAUGAAAUCGUUCAUCUCCUAUCUGGGCAUAUACAUCAGAUUGACUGUAAAAUGGAUGCAGGAUCUGUGCCAUUCGUAUCGCACGCCUUCGCUGGAGGAGCUUGGAAAUCUCUGCUGCCACGGGCCCAUUGGUGGCAAUUAUUCUCUGAUGAAGCUGCACGAGCAUGGCGAUAAGUGCGGCAGCUACAUCGUACGGCAAUGUGAUCGAGAGUACAAUACUUACUACAUUGACAUCAACACGAGAAUCACCGGCCGAAACACCGACCAUGAGCGCUGCAAAACGGAGACACUGAAGAUCCUACGCAAGGACGGACAGUGGGUGCUCUGCUACCAUGACGGCCAGCACCCGUUUCGCGAUCUGCUGGAGCUGGCACAGUUCAUACCGGCCAGCAGUCCCGGCCGUCUGCGAGUGCCCGCCUCCAAGUACGACAAGCCGCCGUUGCUGCUGUUGUGCUUGCCAAAAAAUCUGAAAGCCAAAAAGACUGACUUGGUGCUGAGCGAAGCGGAGCUGCAGCACCGCAAUCCGCAGAUCUUCAAUCCCAAGACGGAUCUGCAAUGGUAUCCAGACUCGAUAACGCUCGGCGAGGAUGGGAUGAUGUUCACGAUGCGCGGCGAUUGGAUACAACAGAGUCUGGUGAAGGAUGUGUCCGUCACGAUGAAGAUGCUGAAGAACGACUGCAAUAUCAUGGAGUUUUUCAAACUGGCCCAGACCUGGAGCCUCAUCCAGUCGCCGCAGUUCAUCAAGCUGUACGGCUUGACCCUCUCCGAUCCAUACACCAUGGUGAUGGAGUACUCCCGGUACGGGCCACUCAACAAGUUCCUGCUGGAGAAGCGGGAUGCUGUGUCGCUCCACUGCCUGCUCGAUCUUAUGCAUGGCCUGGUGCGGGGCAUACACUAUCUGGAGGAUAACAAGAUAAUACACAGCUACAUACGCUGCAGUAAUCUGUAUGUGACCAAAUUCGAUCCAGAAAGGUUCAUGCUCGAUGCCAAGAUCAGUGAUCCAGGCUAUCCGCGCCCCUACAAAGAAUCUGACUCGCCCUGGAUACCCGUGAAAUACUACAAUAAUCUGCAAGCCGCCAAACUGGAUCUGGGGACACAACUGUGGGCCUUUGCCACCACCAUCUAUGAGAUAUUCUCGCGCUGCCAGCGGGAUCUGAGGACGGUAAGGCAGGAGGAGCUGCUGAGAAAUCGCAGGCAGGACGGCAACAUUUUGCCACCAAUGGAUUCAGAGUUGUGCCCCACUCUAAUGUACGACACCAUUAUGGACGGAUGGAGCGACGAUGCGGAGAAGCGUUUCAGCCAUCACGACAUCUUUUCGCGUCUGGUUACCAUGAAGUCGGACAUACAGCCCAACUAUACGGUGGUGGCCGAACCCAUACCAAAUGGAACAGAAAUGCCAAAUUACAAUCAAGAUUGUGUGAAUGUCUUGGAUGUUAAGAAUAUGCCGCAGGUCCUGCAGCUGGAUGGCUGUCGGGUGUUUUAUAGUCCACUGCAUAAUAUUGGCAAGGGCCACUAUGGCACCGUCUACAGAGGCACCAUCGAAUACGACGAUCGGCGUCCCUCCGAGAUUGUGGCCAUCAAGAAGCUGAACACCAUGCAGGUAACGCAGGACUUUCAGCGUGAGAUCGUCAUCAUGCGCAAUCUGGAGCAUACGAAUGUUGUGAAAUUUAAAUACUGGGACCACAACACCCAUAGCAUAAUAAUGGAGUAUUUGGAUGGCUCUUUCGAUGUGUAUCUACGCUACAAAGCCCCUGAUUUGAACACAAAUCGACUGCUAGGCUUUGCCAUUCAGAUAGCUCAGGGCAUGAAUUACUUGUCUGGCAAGGGUCUGAUACAUCGUGACUUGGCUGCCCGCAAUAUUCUGGUGGAUCGAAAGACUCACAUCGAUCUGGACUGUGUGAAGAUCUCGGACUUUGGUCUGGCACAGUUUGCCAACUCUGAGGGCUACUACUAUGCCAAAAGCAAACGAGAUAUACCCUUCAAAUGGUAUUCGCCGGAGGCCCUUCAUGCUAACGCUAAAUUCUCAUCGUUUUCGGAUGUCUGGAGCUAUGGCGUGACGCUCUAUGAGAUGUUCACACAUGGCGAGGCACCUAAUCUGGUUCCGCCUCAGGAAAACGAAGUAAAUUUCACCGAACGCCUCAACAAUGGUGAAAGAUUACCCCAGUCGCCGGGCUGUCCAGAUUUCGUAUACAACGAACUGAUGCUGGCCUGCUGGAAUCCCGUGCCACGUGCCCGACCCACAUUUAGUCAAAUUAUAGAGAUUAUUACUGCCCAAAUAGGUAAUAAUGUGGCGGGCACGGGUACAAGUACAGCAACAACGGAAUCAGAAUCAUGAAUAAAAGCAGAAGCAACAGAAGAAGCACAUCACUGGGGAGCCGGAGCCGGAGCCGGAGCAGGAGCUUUAGAAAGAGAGUCAAAACCACAAGUGUUCUGAACACUAAACUUUUUCUAUGCUUAUAUAUAUAUAUGUGUGUAUAUUUACAGAUUUAGAGCUUGUUUGUAAGUAGCAUUUUAGCAUUUUAAAGUGUACGUUUUGAAAAAACACAACCAGACCCCCACCCUCGCAAUUGACGGAACCUCUGAAGGGUUCUUAAUCGUAAAUCGUUUAUUUUUAAUGCUUAAUGUUUAAUGUCUGCCCACCCUGUCCCCUUUAUUCUACACACUUUUUAGGUUCCCAAUGCCCACCCACCACAAAAUAUUACUAAACAAAUUCUCAAUCACUUGUGUUAUAUUUUAGCAAACUUUGUUAAAUAUUGUUAAGCUUGUGCAUCAUAUACAUACACAUACAUAGGUAUAUCCUAUAGUUUUUUUUUAAAUAAUAGAGUAUUUUAUAGUGUUGUUGUAGGAAUGUACAUAAAUAUCAAUAAUUUUAAUUAGGCUUAAGCUUUAAACACGUGCAAAUCCCAAACAUACGAAAAAAAAACACACAAAAAAAAGUAUAAUAGAUUUAAAGUUGCAUAUGUGAUGGUUGUGUGUGAGUCUUUGUGCGUGCGUGUCCCGCAUUAUGUACGGGUGUUUAUUGUUUCACACGAAAAUCUAAAAUUAAGUAACAGAAAAAAUCUAAAACAAAACAAUGUGCACAUAUAGCGUCUAAGGGAUGUGUAUUGUCAAUUAAUGUUGAUGUCGAUGCCAUUUUCAAUUAAAAAAUAUAUAUAUAACUAUACAAAAAAAAACACACACACAGAAAACGAAUCAAAAAUAAAAUAUCAAAUAUAUUUACGAAAAAAUGUACCACAUAUACAAGCACCACCCACUGGCACAAUAACUUAUUAUUGAUUAUAGCUACAAGGAUAUGUCAAAAAUAAAUUGCAUUUCUUACGUGUUUAAAA